AUGGGCUUCUUUUCUCAUAUGUCGCUUCAUUUUGGAUUAUGUAUUUUUCCUUUAGCUAGCCACGUCCUUUUUCUCUGUAUAUCAUCAUCAACCGCUCUAGACAUUGCCACAGAUACAGAAGCUUUGAUCUCGUUUAAGUCUCAGUUGAGUAAUAUUGAUCCUCCUCACCCUUUAUCUUCUUGGAACCAGAGUUCAUCAUCCCCCUGCAACUGGUAUGGUGUAACCUGCAACAGGCUUCGUCAAAGAGUUAUAGACUUGAAUCUUUCGGGCUUAAGGCUCUCAGGUCAGUUGAGCCCAAGUAUAGGUAAUCUCUCUUUUCUUGAGUCCCUCCAGUUGCGGGGAAACCAAUUCACAGGAGUGAUUCCAGACCAAAUUGGCCAUCUCAUUCGGUUAAGAUCUCUAGACUUGAGCUCUAACAGAAUAGAGGGCAUGCUUCCUUCAAACAUCACUCGCUUGGCCAACCUCGUUACACUCAACUUAUCCUCCAACUAUAUAGUCAGUCAAAUUCCUCAGGAUAUUGACAGCUUAACAAAGCUUCAAGUCUUGAGAAUGGGAAGCAAUAGACUAUACGGUGUAGUUCCACCAACUCUAGGGAACAUUUCAUCUCUUACAAAUAUCAGUUGGCUCAAGAACUUAAUUGAGCUUGAUCUCACUAUUAACAAUCUCACUGGGGCUAUUCCUUCUUCUAUAUAUAACUUAUCUUCCCUUGUUAACUUGGCUGUAGCUGACAAUGAUUUCUGGGGUGUUAUUCCUCAGGAUAUUGGUCACAGACUUCCAAAACUUCUAGUGUUCAAUAUCUGCUUUAAUAGAUUCACAGGUAGAAUUCCUUGGUCUUUGCAUAAUCUCACCAACAUUCAAGUUAUUCGCAUGGCAUCCAACCUUUUGGAAGGAACGGUGCCACCAGGUCUUGGAAAUCUCCCCUUCCUUCGUAUGUACAAUAUAGGGUAUAACAGGAUAGUAAGCUCAAAAGAUGGAGGCCUGGAGUUCAUUGCUUCAUUGGCAAACUGCACCCUCUUGAGCUUUCUCGCAAUUGAUGGCAAUAGGUUGGAAGGUGUAAUUCCAGAGACUAUUGGAAAUUUCUCCAAGGUCCUCUCCAAAUUAUACAUGGGAGGGAAUCGUUUCCAUGGAAACAUACCCCCCUCAAUUGGGAAUCUUAGAGGCUUGAGUUUACUAAACUUGAGUUACAAUGCAAUCUCAGGAGAAAUUCCUUUCGAGUUAAGCCAACUGGAGAAACUACAGGAGCUUAGCCUAGCAGGGAAUCAGAUAUCUGGAAGCAUUCCAAACUCCCUUGGACGUCUCCAAAUGUUGAACAGGCUUUAUUUGUCUGGCAAUCAGCUUGGGGGUGAAAUACCUUCAAGUUUUGGGGAUUUUCAGAAUAUUGUCUUCAUGGACUUAUCUCACAACAAGCUCAAUGGAAGCAUACCUAGAGAAGUACUCAGUCUCUCAUCUCUUAGCACAAUUUUAAACAUGUCUAAGAACCUUCUAAGUGGCUCUUUGCCUCAAGAAGUAGGGAGUUUGAUCAAAGUCUCAACCUUAGACUUCUCAGACAAUCUUUUAGUUGGUGAAAUCCCCAGCUCAAUCAGCAAUUGUCUAAGCCUAGAAAAUCUAUUUUUGGCACGAAAUAUGUUUUCUGGUUUUAUUCCCAAAGCUCUUGGAAGCAUCAGAGGCUUGGAAAUUCUAGACCUUUCCUCCAAUCAAAUCUCUGGAUCUGUUCCAGUUGAACUUCAAAAUCUAAAUGCCCUUCGGUUAUUGAACCUUUCUUAUAACGACUUAGAAGGAGUCAUUCCCAGUGCUGGAGUUUUCAAGAAUAUCUCUUCUUUCCAUUUUGAAGGAAAUGAAAAACUCUGUUUGCUCUCAUCAUGUGUUACUCAAGGGCGUGGAAGAAAGAUGCUCAUAAUUUAUAUCACCAUACCUGUUGUGGUAACAUUCACACUAUGUUUCAUUUUGGGCUUGCUAUUAUAUGUGAGAAGCCGUAGAACAAAGGCAAUAACACCACUUGAAAUGGCAAAGCCAUAUCAUCCAAUGGUCUCUUAUGAUGAGCUUCGACGAGCAACUAGAAACUUCAGCCAAGAAAAUUUAUUGGGAAUUGGAAGCUUUGGUUCGGUCUAUAGAGGCUAUCUCAGUGAAGAGAAUGCUGUAGCAGUAAAAGUCCUAGAUACUUCGAGAUCAGGCUCCUUGAAGAGUUUCUAUGCAGAAUGUGAGGCUUUAAGGAAUGUAAGGCAUCGAAAUCUGGUUAAGCUAAUCACAUCAUGUUCUAGUAUAGACUUCAAGAACAAAGAAUUUCUGGCUUUGGUUUACGAGUUCAUGUCUAACGGCAACUUGGAAGAUUGGAUCAAGGGAAAGAUAAAGCAUGCAAAUGGGAAUGGGUUGAAUCUUCUGGAGAGACUGAACAUUGCUAUUGAUGUUGCUUGUGCAAUGGAAUAUCUGCAUGAUGACAGUGAAACUCCUAUUGUGCAUUGUGAUCUAAAGCCAAGCAAUAUUCUUUUGUGUGAAGAUAUGAUUGCUAAGGUGGGUGAUUUUGGAUUGGCUAGGCUUAUGAUUGAGAGACCAACUAAUCAGGUCUCGAUAAGCUCCACUCAUGUUCUAAGAGGUUCAAUCGGUUACAUACCUCCAGAGUAUGGAUGGGGAGAAAAACCAUCGGCAGCAGGAGAUACAUACAGUUUUGGAAUUAUAUUGUUGCAACUCUUUUCUGGGAGAAGUCCAACAGAUGAUCACUUCGCAGGUGGCCUGAGCUUAACAAGAUGGGUGCAAUCAGCAUUCCCUGACAAGACUCUGCAAGUCAUAGAUCCUCAGCUUUUGUCCCACAUUUUUCACAAUGGCCUUGCUGAUAGAGGUCCAAGUCUACAACUUGAUUGUGUGAAUGGAAUUCUGGGAGUUGGGUUAUCCUGCACUGCAGAUUCUCCAGAUGAACGUCUUAAGAUGAAAGAUGCUGCUACAAAAUUAAAAAUUGUUAGAGACAAUCUUUCCAAACUCAAUCAAAACUAG